CGCGGCGGAAAGGAACCCGGGGCGAAGGGAGCGCUUCCGGGGCGGCGGCAGCAGGAGCGGCGGCGGCAGCAGGAGCAGCAUCAUGACGACGCUCCGCGCCUUCACCUGCGACGACCUUUUCCGCUUCAACAACAUCAACCUGGACCCACUGACAGAGACCUAUGGGAUCCCGUUCUACCUGCAGUACCUGGCCCACUGGCCCGAGUACUUCAUCGUGGCCGAGGCGCCCGGCGGGGAGCUGAUGGGUUACAUAAUGGGUAAAGCCGAGGGCUCCGUGGCCAGGGAGGAGUGGCAUGGGCACGUUACUGCGCUCUCUGUUGCACCAGAAUUUCGACGGCUGGGCUUGGCUGCUAAAUUGAUGGAACUACUGGAAGAAAUUUCAGAAAAAAAGGGUGGAUUUUUUGUCGAUCUCUUUGUGAGGGUAUCGAAUCAGGUUGCAGUAAACAUGUACAAGCAACUGGGCUACAGCGUGUACCGGACAGUAUUGGAGUACUACUCUGCCAGCAGUGGAGAGCCGGAUGAAGAUGCUUAUGAUAUGAGAAAAGCUCUUUCCAGAGAUACGGAGAAGAAAUCAAUUAUACCUCUGCCUCAUCCCGUGAGGCCAGAAGACAUUGAAUGACCGCAAGCUGUGGUUCUCAGGCGACACUCAGUGUCGGGCUCCGCGUCCCCCCAGCCCCAGGAACUCAGGGAUGGGAAAUCCCAGGCUCGAUGUUUUUCCCCAUGAAAUACCGAAAGGCAAUACUGAGAAGAUUAGUGACGCUACUCCUGUCGGUAAUGGCUGCAUAUUCCUGCACUUACCCUAUUAUUUUCCUUUUCAAGUGUUGGGAAUUCAGAGACUAUUAAAAUGGAAUUGCCUCCUG